CUUUAGUUUCGGUUUUGUCUUCGGGGUUUCCAGCGACUGCUGAGAGGUUUCCUCAUCCGCCGUCCUGCAGCAGGGACGCGGCUUUAUUUGCAGCCAUCUCUCCGAUCAUUUAGAGACAUUAUUACCACCGCAGCGGUGCGCGGAGCUGAACUUUGCUCUCAUACAUGUUGUUGUUUCUUUUAUGCGGAAGCGCCUCGCCUCCUCUCUGUAGCUGCUGGAAACUUUUCAAGGCGCAGCGAACAUCGAGAUCACUAUGUUCAACUCUGUGACGGCGGUUUAAGAAGGAGGGAUGGACGGUGAGAGGAGCGAUGGAGGAGGAGGAGGAGAAGCGGAGGUGGAGGAUGAGUUUGCGUGCGCCGGGAUGCUGCGGGGAUCUCUGACCUCGCUGCACGCCACCGUGGAGCGGAUAUUCAGGGUGACGUUUGGGAUCGGGGAGGAGGAUUCGUCUCACGGGAACAACGGGCAGAUAUGGCUGAAGCUGCGAGGGCAGAGCAACGAAGUGAAGGCAGCCAAAUUAUUUGUGAGAGGACUGGUGAACCAGGAGGAGCAGCAGGAGGUUUCUUACCCCGGGGUCCUUCACUGCAUCUUCUGUGGAGCCAGAGGGCUGUUCAUGGACUGCCUGACAAAAACCACCUCUGCACACAUGGUGAUUGGCUCUCCGGGAUUCCUGCUCAUAUCAGGUCUUGCAGAGCCGGUGGUGCGAGCCUACUCCCUCAUCACGGACCUGGUGGAGAGGUACGAGGGCACGCAGUCCAGACGCUCCGAGGCUGGAGACAGAGUCCCGGGAGAGUCUCUGGAGUCACGCAGGUCCUUCAAGACUCUUGUAGAGAAAUGGGAGGACAAGCACAUCCUGGAUCUUCUGGUGCUGCCGGGGUCGGUGAAGGAAAUCCUGCUGGAUUUGGUGAAGGAAUCGGGGCUUGGGUUGAGCCCCGGCCCCGGUCUGAGAGGUGGAAACGCAGGCGCGAGAUCACUGGAGAGUUCGGAGGGUCGAUGGGACUCUGCGCACGCUCUUCCUGAGCCGUCCAGGACUUCUGGUCAGUGGGUUGAAGGGGUGACUGCAGGUUCUGCAGACAAGGAUUCCUUGUUCCAGUUUUUGUCCGCAGAUGGCCGAGGGAGGGCGGAGGGUGCCGAGCAUUCUCCGCAGGAAGUGGGAGAGGAGGAGCAAGAGGCGGCGUUGGGUAUCGAGGUGAAAGAGGGACAAGGGGAGGAGGGCGAGGAUCGGCAGGCGUCCGUGGGGAACAAGGAGUUCUGGCUUCUUCUGAAGUUCUUCACAGCCAUGGGCUACACGGAGGAGGUGGUGAAGCGAGUCCUUGCCCGGACGGGACCCAAAGAGGCCUCGCAGAUACUGGACGUAGUCCAGCAGGAGCAGGACCGCAGCGACCGAGAGCAGAUAAAGAAAAGUCAAGGCGCCUUGAGUCAAAGCGAGAGGAACCGACCGUGCGAGACGGAGCACAGAGAAGACGAAGACAUGGAAGUGGAAGGAGAAGAGGUGACAGGGAGUAAUGGGGAGGUUUGUGACGGAGCAGCAGGAGGCGUCGGAGAGGUGAAAGGAAGCGAAGAAGUGAAAGAGGAAGGACACGAGGAAGACUUCGUCCUCGGGGUGGUGAAGAAGGCGGCAGCCAGCUGCGGCUACAUGGAGCAGGAAGUGGCCAAAGUCUACAACAUGCUGCCGGACCGAUCGACCCACCAGCUGCUCCUGGAGCUGCAGAGGGAGUGGAGCAAGGAGACGGACGCCUUCAGGGAGGGGCCGAGGGAGAUGGACGAUGUGGUGCUGGAGAAGGAGGCGCCCAAAGCUGAGCACAAAGCGAGAGAAGCUGAUCUUUUCAAGCCUGCAGAGAAGAGAAAAUCUGAUCAUAAAGGACGGGUAGAAGCGCCAAAGCCAACCGGAUCGGAGUUCCCGAAAUUCCACAAACAGACAAACUCACAAAUUCCACACCAAGUCGUCCUUCCUGAAGUCAAAGGGCCGCCCAUGUCGACUUAUCCCCCAGCUCUCAAUCCUCCACUCGCCAAUUUCCAACCAAAGAACGACCCGACCAGCUACUGGCCCAAUCCGUCCACCUCCAAACCAAACCAAGACAACAUCUUAAACCCAAAGUCUUCCAACUCUUUAAUAAAACAAGCGGUGUACACUCAGCAGCCGCCGAUCUUCACGAGGAACGACUCGUCUCCCACCAGAGCGAGGGACAGACGGGGUGUCAUGGCCGCUUCUUCGGUGGUGGUGACGGGCGAGCAGCGUUUCCUUGAAGGCCUGCAGAUGCCCUUCGACCUCCAGCUGACGAACAAACCGGGAGGCCAGAAACUGAGGACGAUCGUCAUUGACGGGAGCAACGUGGCCAUGAGUCACGGCUUGGGUCACUUCUUCUCCUGUCGUGGGAUCGCGAUCGCCGUGCAGCACUUCUGGGACCGAGGUCAUCGUAACAUCAUCGCCCUGCUGCCGCAGUGGAGACAGAAGAGCGACCCCAGAAUCAAAGAGCAGCACUAUCUGACGGAGCUGCAGCAGGUCGGCCUGCUCUCCUACACCCCGUCCAGAGAGGUGCAGGGCAAGAGGAUCACCUCGUACGACGACAGGUUUAUGCUGCAGCACGCACAGAAGACAGACGGCGUGAUCGUAACUAACGACAACCUCAGAGACCUUUCAGACGAGACCCUCGCAUGGAGAGACAUCAUCAAAACCAGACUUCUUCAGUACACGUUUGUUGGCGAUCACUUCAUGGUGCCGGACGAUCCGCUGGGCAGAGGAGGGCCUCACCUGGACGACUUCCUACGCUCAGAGCACAGGACUCCCGACCCAGGGAACCACUCUUUUGCCGGCGUCGCCACCACUUUCCCUGCUUUCAAACCUCCGCGCUCCCAAACGGAGCUCCUGAACUUCCGCGACCGAACACCAGGGGGAGCUCUGAGCCCAGCGGCAGCAGGCGGACGGAGCCGGGGCCGAGGCCGAGGACACGGGAAGGGAUGGGACGUGGGGCGCCAGCAGAGGCAGCUCGGGGCUUCUGGCGCCGCAGACAGGAGCCCGGAGGAGACGGCCAGCCUGAGGGAGCAGCUGUGCCAGGUGUUCCUGGGUCAGGACAACAUGGUGGCGCUGGUGCUGCAGUGCCACCCGGCAGAGACGGACAUGAACGUGCUGUCUGAGCUGCUCUUGGAGCAUUAGAAGGAACAGAUUUUAGUGUUUUAGUGUUUUUCGGGUUAAUUCAGACUUUUCUGACCCUGAAUUUUACCCCGUUUGGUUUUCAUUGAUCUGCAUUAGCAAAGAUUUUACAAAAAGACUUUCUGUUGACCAUCAAACACGUAUAAUUUAACUAUUUUUUCCUACUGCAGGUUCUUUAUCUCAUGUAUUUCCUCCCAUGUCUGCUGUUUCUCUCCAAAUGUAAAGUAUAUUUUAAACCUUUGAAGCAGGAUUGGACUAGAUUUCUCUAAUGCUUUUUCAAACUAACUCCAGUUGCAGCUCCUCCUUCCUCCUCCCAAAGCACCCCUGACUCCUCCUCUUCAUCCUCCAGUGGCCUCGACUUAUCCUCCCCAUGGACGGAUUACUGACCUACCGGGCACAGGCCCAGGACUCUGAAUCUGACCCUGACUCUCAAAAUGUUGCUGAAAAACAGCAUUAAAGCGGUCAAAAAGAGGCUAAAUGACCAUAAAAUCUCUACAAACGACACAGAAAGACCACAAAAAGGCCAAAAGUUAAUUAAAAACAACUACAAAUAGAUGCAAAACUACAAAAAAUAAUCAACUGACCAAAAAGAGACACAAAAUGACCACAUAUUGAAAUGUAGAAUGACUAAAAUAGAUGCAAAAUGACCACAAGGAGAUGAUAAACUGCCACAUAAAGAUGUAAAAUGACUAAAAAUAGAUGCAAAACCAUUAAAAAAAAACAUUAAAAAUUUAAAAACAUUAAAUUCUGCUCCUCGACAACACUGUAUGUGAAGCCAUGAUUGAUUCUGCUGAGACGAACGGUCACAUGACAAAUAUUCACUGAAAAUCAGACGGAACUGCAGGCUGUUUACACAGAGCUGAGGGGAGAGGACAGGAGAGGUUGUAAGUAGACGUAAUAAGGCAAAUAGUUCAAUAUGUAUAAUAUGUGGAGACGUGAUUUUUUUCCCCCAGCAUUCAUGAUACUUGUGGGAACAUUUUUUUUCCAAUUUAAAAAAAAAUAUUUAUAAUGAAGAAGUAGUGUGUCCUAGUUGUAUGCACACUGCAUGCAACAUUUUAUACUAUGAAAGAGCAGCUGGAGUACGUACUAAAAGUAAAAAGAUAAAGUAUGCGAUUUGAAGUGCAGCUAUUGUCUUCUUAAAUGUCUUAAAAACACGAACGAGGUGUCAAACAUCCUCUUCAGGGUGUUUUUUUUAACAGUUUGAGGUCUUAAAGUGACAAGUUUUGGGAUUUUUUUUUUUUUUUACCAUUGUUAGAACCAGCAGCUCUUCCUUUGACCAACGAGAGUUGAGACGAUAAUAAAAUGAGCCAUUUUUACGAGAGUCCAGAUUUUUUUCUGGUAUUCUGCAUUUAUUGAAACCAGCUAAAAUCAAUUUGAUUGUUACCUGUAUGUGGAAGAAACACAGCAGAUGGGUAAUUACUGAGGGUAUUUGUUGUAUCAACAGCUGUGGGGCUAAAGGCUAAUGCUAAACCAGGCUUUCUCCUUCUCUUCACUCAGUUUUAUAUAUAUUUUAACUUAUUUUAACCAGGUGGGAAGUGGUCAUUAUUGUAGCUUUAAGCUGAAGAUCAAACCAAAAGAGGAUAACAAGUAAUUUUUUUAAGUCUAUAUCUCUCUUUACAACACAGAUCACCAACUGGGAGACCAAAUCAUCUUAUUUGUUUGUUUAUAUGUACAUUUUAUUAUCUCAAUGCUGAAUUCUGUCUAUGUGUUAAAGUAUUUCUUCAGUCAAAGAAUUAAAAACAAUCCAAGUUACUGUUUCUGUGGUGAAAUUUUGUAUUAUGUUCUGCAAUCAGGAUUAAAAACAUCUGAAAUCUGGAA